CUUUAGUUCAAUCAAUAAUGAAAUAAAACAAACUGCACAUCUCACAGUGUACUGAGAAAAAUGUUAGAAAUUAAUAAAAAUAAAUUGUUUAAACAAAUAAAGAGUGCAACGUAAUAUUAGUAAAAUUUUUUACAUAGAAAAAAAAUAAAGUGAAGAAUACAAAUCUCAGUGGUAUAUAUACAGAGGAAAAAUUUUCUGAAUUUCCCUAUUGAAACUUGAUUCAAAAUAAAAACUAAAAUGAAUAAUUUUCGUAGUGUUUUUAUUCUACUUGUUAUUAGCAUUACUGCUGGGGUAAAUUGUCUACCGACCCAUGUACAAGAAGAUAUUCAAAGACAAAUCGAUUCAUUACGAGAUGAUUAUGAGAAAAGAACGCAAAAAUUUGAGAAUUUAGUAUUGAGACAUUAUAACAUUAAAAAACAACAAUUUGAGAGAGAGGCAGAAAAAUUUGAGAUCGAAACAGCAAAAUUUGAGAGAAAAAAGGCAGUAUUUGAGGAAGGAAAUGCGGAGAUCAUGAGUCUAAUUCAUGAUUUGGAGCAAAGAAUAAAUAAUGCAGAAUAAUGGAAUUAUUAUCAAAUUGUUAUAUUUUAUGACAUGUUUGUAAAAUAAUUCUUUGUCAAUGCUGAAUAAACCUGGUAAAAUUAAAAAACGA